CGCGCGAUUUAAAGAGGCAGUGUGCCAACGCGACUGAACCCGUGCGCGCGCAGCAGAGAGAGAGAGAUUCUAAUCCCUGGAGUUUGGGAAAUGCAGUUGUUCAUUUUGUCAGUGUUGCUGGCACUCGGCCUGGCCGUGCCUCCUCAGGAGAAGCGCGUUCAUCACCAGCGUGACCUGAGCGACCACGCCCAUGAUGACGCUCACGGCUUCCAGUACGACCACGAGGCCUUCCUGGGCAAAGAGGAAGCCAAGACCUUCGACCAGCUGACCCCUGAGGAGAGCAAAGCCAGGCUCGGGAAAAUCGUAGAACGCAUCGACACGGAUAAGGACGGCUUCGUCAGCCACGCCGAGCUGCACUACUGGAUCAAGCACAGGCAGAGGAGGUACAUCGAGGAGAACGUAAACAAGCACUGGAAAGAGUACGAUCAGAACAAGGAUGGCAAGAUCUCCUGGGUGGAGUACAAGAACACCACCUACGGAACCUACCUGGAUGACGACUCUGAGGAUUUGGAAGACAAAGAAACGUACAAGGCGAUGCACGCACGAGACCAGCGCAGGUUCAAGUUUGCAGAUAAGGACGGAGACGGCAUCGCGACGAAGGAGGAGUUCACCGCGUUCCUCCACCCAGAGGAGUUCGCCUACAUGAGGAAGCUUGUAGUGGAGGAGACGAUGGAGGACAUCGACAAGAACGGAGACGGAAAGGUCAAUUUAGAUGAGUACAUCGGUGACAUGUACACUCCUGAGAAGGGCGAGAGUGAGCCGGAGUGGGUGAGCAACGAGAGGAGACACUUCUCAGAGUACAGAGACACCAACAAGGACGGUUUCCUCGAUGCUGAUGAGAUCGCUCAUUGGAUCCUCCCACAUGACGUGGAUCACGCCGACAACGAGGCCAAACAUCUCAUUCACGAGACCGACAAGAAUAACGAUGACAAAAUUUCCAAGGCAGAGAUUCUGGAUAACUGGAACAUGUUUGUCGGGAGCCAAGCCACUAAUUACGGAGAAGAUCUGACCAGGAAGCACGACGAGCUCUGAUCCGAUCCAAUCUGAAGAAGAGAACACCAUCAGGGGUCAUGUACAGAGGGAGGGGAAUGCAUUCACAAUGUUCUAUAUUAUUAAAGGCGGGGCUUAAGGUCAGGGGUCAGAACAGAAGGGUCAGGGCUGGGGUCGGGAUGCUGGGAGGGAAUUUCAGUUUAUCUGAAACAGACUGUAUUUAUUUACUCAUUUUACUCACUAACAACCAGGUUCACAAACACAUACACACACAGUGGGAUCAAACCAGCUAUUAUCUUACUCACCCUGAGUGUGGUUGAUCUGAUAAAGUUGUCGUUGUGUGUGAGCGCAGGUAUAAAACCACUUAAAUAGAGAUAAACAUCAGACUUUUAACUAGUCAUCUUUAGAUAAAAACAUCAUCAAACUGUCAGGACACUUUCCUGAAACGUGUGACAUCAUCAGCCAUUGGCUCCUCCCACUUCUCCACCGUGCUGCAUUUCAGUCUGUGAAGUUAAUCAAAGUGUUUGUUUCCUAAAAGAAUUUAAACAUGUAUGUAGCGUUACCAUGUGGAAGCUGAGUGAUGACAUCACACCAUCACGCAUCAGCACAGACACGGCGACCUUGCCACACUUCUAUUGAAUGAGGGGUUUAUUGAUCAUUCUGCAGCCGGAGGUGUUUACAUUUACAAGAAGGUUUCUCACCUUUACAUCUUCAUGUCGACACUCCACCUAAACCCAGAAGCUCACGACAACCUCGGAGGCGGGGUCAGCCACACUCGGGAAUCGUUUUGGGUUUGUUCAUUAAUUAACACACCAGAGUUACACGCACUGAGGAAUCGGCCGAGCGCCUGAGCUGUUACACACUGAACACACACACAAUAAACACAGCUGCCUGACGUCUCACUCUCACUCACACACCUGUAAAGAAAGAGAAAGAGCAAGGUAUAGAGGAGGUGUUUGAAAGGGGACACGGUUUUUGUCAUUGUUUACUGGCCAAACGUUUCUUUGUAAAUUCUAAAUCAAAAUAAAACCAAAUCCUGUUUUUUUA